CGCCGCCGCCUCCUCCUGCUGCUCCUCCUCCUGCUGCUGCUGCUGCCCCCUCCUCUCGCCCGCUCGUUUGGCACCCAGACAGGUGUCAGUCAGCUUCGUCUGACUCCACGUCGCAGCCACCCGCGUCUCCUCUCCCUCCACGCGCGCGCGCACACGGGGGGUGCCCGGCCUCUCUGCUGCUGCUGCCUCUCACCCCCUCGUCUCGCGGUGUCCUCGCACCAGCAGCGGCGGAGUCGGAGCCCGGGUAGCGCCAUGAGACGGUAGCCGCUGCGGGGGGACAUGGGGAGCCAUCUGGGCAAGGCGGAGCGGGGCCGCGUGAGGCCGAGCGGGGAGAUGGGCAAGGGGUCCCCUCUACCUCCGCGCCUCCGCGGCUUCACGGGAGCCCCGAACCCGGGCGCCGCCGACCAGGAGAGCCUCGCCCUGGCCACGGGGACCCUCGCCGCCUCGCCCGCAGAGACUCGGAGCCAGACUCGAACCGAGACCCCUGCGGCGGCGGCGGCGGCUUCCACCGAGAGGCAGAAGAAGACCCCCGGCAGCCGUGCUCAGGUCCCGGCCGCGGAGACCCCGGGGGAGGCCGCGGAGACCCCGGGGGAGGCCGCCGCCGCCCCCAAGGUGUGGCCGCGCUUCGUGGCGCUGUUCGACUACGAGGCGAGGACGGAGAGCGACCUGAGCCUGGUGCGCGGGGACGAGCUCGAGGUGCUGGAGGAGGCCGAGGAGGUCCGCGCCACCCGCGGCUGGUGGCAGGCGAGGCGCGUGGCGCCCCUGCGCCCCGGGGAGCCCCGCGAGGGCUUCGCCCCCUCCACCUUCCUCGCGCCCGCCGCCAGCGAGCAGAGCGAGACGUGGUUCUUCGGGCCAAUUAAAAGAAGCGAAGCGGAGCGGCAGCUGAUGAAGUCUGGCAACGUUCACGGCUCCUUUCUGGUGCGCCAGAGCGAGACGAGCGGACACGGAUACUCGCUCUCAGUGCGCGAUGGCGACACGGUGAAGCACUACAAGAUCCGGGUGCUGGAGAAGGGCAGCUUCUUCAUCACGCGACGCAACCAGUUCGCGACCCUGCGCGACCUGGUGCAGAGCUACAGCCGCGAUGCCAACGGCCUGUGCGUGACGCUCAACCAGCCCUGCCUGAAGAAAGAGAUGCCUCAGACGGAGGGCCUCUCGUCGGACAUGGCCGACAAGUGGGAGAUCCCCCGCAGCUCCGUGCAGCUGGUGAAACGUCUGGGCGCUGGGCAGUUUGGGGAAGUGUGGCAGGGCCUCUGGAACAAGACCACGCCGGUCGCCAUCAAAACCCUCAAGCAAGGGACCAUGGACCGCGAUGACUUCCUCAGGGAGGCCCAGCUCAUGAAACGCCUGCGGCACCCCAAGCUCAUCCAGCUCUACGCCGUGUGCACGCAGGAGGAGCCCAUCUACAUCAUCACGGAGCUCAUGAGCAACGGCAGCUUGGCCAACUACCUGCAGACCCCCGAAGGGAGGAGCCUGGACCUGGUGGAGCUGGUGGACAUGGCAGCCCAGGUGGCGGCGGGGAUGGCGUACCUGGAGGCGCAGAACUACAUCCACCGCGACCUGGCGGCACGCAACAUCCUCGUGGCCGAGCACAACGCCUGCAAAGUGGCCGACUUCGGCCUUGCCAGGGUUAUCAAGGAGGAUGAGUAUGAGGCACGGGUGGGCUCCAAGUUUCCCAUCAAGUGGACCGCGCCGGAGGCUGCCAACUACAACCGCUUCUCCAUCAAGUCCGACGUGUGGUCCUUCGGGGUGCUCCUGCACGAGAUCAUCACCUACGGCAAGCUUCCGUACCCAGGCCAGACCAACGCGGAGGUGCUGGCCGCAGUGGACCGCGGCUACCGCAUGCCGUGCCCGCCGGGCUGCCCGCAGGCCUUCUACGAUCUCAUGCUCGAGUGCUGGAACGUCGACGACCAGGCAAGGCCCACCUUCGAGACGCUGCAGUGGCAGCUCGAGGACUUUUUCAGCCAGGAGGGCACCAACUACACGGAGGCCGGCGCGCUCAACUAGACGCCCGCUGCACGCGCGGCGUCGCCCAACUCCGAGGGUUGGACGGUAUCGCGAGGGGUUGCCGCUCGUCGCGGUUUUCCCACAAUGUGGUCCUCUCGUUGAGACGUUUUCACAGGAUAUGUUUUUCUCAGUUGCGUAAUAAUACACCGCCCAAGACGGAUGUAUUUACGUUUAGUUCUCCGCUCCUCUGGUAUUGUGAGAUAUAUGGUAGUCCCUCGGUUAACAGUGACAUCGGUUAACAGUUUUCCGGUUAAAGUUUCGCCUCCCAUAGCACCCCACGGUUAACGUUAACAUUCUGAUUAAUGGUCAUGUGUUUACGUUAUCCACGCGGGCGACAAUUUCGGCCAAUCAUAGCGCCCGUAAGUGGGGCUUAGCAACGCCCUCAGCCAAUCAGCGACGCCCAUUUAUGAGCGUUAAGACCUCGACUGGUUUUGUUUACAUUAUAACGUUUUCUGUUUAGGCAGUGGAAACAGCUCUCUUGCAGACUCACGUAAUUCCUAUAUUCGAUAUCAGUUAUUUCAGUUAAGAGUAGUUUUCGUGGAACGGAUUGAAGACGUUAACUGAGGGACCACCUGUACUUUUUAUGCUAUGCCCAUGAUAUAUCCUGGGUGUUUUUUUUUUACUUCAGAGGUG